GGGCGCAUCCUGUGUGCAGGACCCAACUCAUGUCUCCCCGUCUCAGACGGUUUGGAUGCGAGUGAAGGAGCCGACGUGUUUUUCUCCUCUUCAUCGUUUUCGAACUUCCCGACGGUGACGCCGAACCCCCCCCCCCCCCACAACCCCCAACCCCGCUGCCGCUGCAAGGAUGGACGGGUCCAACCGAACUGUCGACCCGAGCUGCAGGGACCAGCCGCCCGUCGCUAUCGACAUUAUCCUGCAGUUGGACGUCUUUGGGAUCAUCCUGUACUCUAUGCUGACCUUCAUGGCAGCCGUGUCCGUGCUGGUCUACAUAGAGGAGUGUGUCUACAUCUAUCGGAAGGUGCCCUCAAACAAGAAGAGCAUCAUCAUAUGGGUCAAUGGGGCCGCACCGGUGAUAGGCACCAUGUCGUGUAUGGGGAUGUGGGUUCCCAGAGCCACCAUGUUUACUGACAUGACCUCUGCCUGCUACUUCGCCAUCGUGGUGUUCAAGUUCCUGAUCCUGAUGCUGGAGGAGGUGGGCGGCGAUGAGGCGUUCCUGCGACGGGCGGGGAAACACAAGUUGAGGAUCAGCACGGGGCCCUGCUGCUGCUGCUGCCCCUGCCUGCCACACGUGGCUAUCACACGGCGCUCACUGUUCCUGCUGAAACUGGGCUCCUUCCAGUUCGCUCUGCUGAAGAUUGUUUUCACCGUCCUCUCCAUUGUCCUGUGGACCAACGGAAACUUUGACGUGGCCGAUAUGGAAAUUACUGGUGCCGCGAUCUGGAUUAACCCAUUUGUGGGCAUCUUGACAAUCAUUGCCUUGUGGCCCGUAGCCAUCAUGUUUAUGCACCUGAGGACCACCCUGCGCAGCCUGAAGAUCAUCCCCAAGUACGCAAUGUACCAGUUGGUGCUUGUCCUGUCUCAGCUGCAGGCAGCCAUCAUCAACAUCCUGGCCAUGAAUGGAACAAUCGGCUGCGCUCCGCCCUACUCUUCCCAAGCACGGGGAUACUUGAUAAGUCAACAGUUGUUGAUUCUUGAGAUGUUCAUCAUCACACUGGUGACCCGCCUGCUGUAUCGCAGACAGUACGACCCGUUACCCAAGGAUGAGCUCGACAGCAAGAUGGUCCCGGUGCAGGAGGACAUAUGAGAAGUGUGUGUGUGUGUGUGUGUGUGUGUGUGUGUGUGUGUGUGUGUGUGUGUGUGUGUUUGGCUGUCUGUCAUGGGCACAUAUGUGAAAUAAAUAGCUUCAAGCAUGUGAGUUUUACAUAUGUAGUAGAGAUCAUAAGGGAAAAUAUUUGGAGUGAAUUAAUCCACUCGGUUACUUGUGGUUGUUUUUUUAUGGGUCGUGGCCAUGGGUUUGUUGCCAUUCUCCAAAACUGUACAAAAUAUUGGAGUGACAGGCCACAGCCAUCAUGCACCUUUUGCAUGUGCGGUUGAACAAGAUUGAUGUAACUUGUUUUGCUCCUCCUUGUAGUUUUGUCCACGAGGCUCAUUUGUAGCUUGUCAAACUGUGGUCUGGAUGUAAGGUUGAAUGUAUAUUUCUCGCAUAUUUGCGCUUUGAAACUGUAUUGUUGUUACCAAUUCGUACAGUGUUAAUAUUUCAAAAAACAUGCUCCGCCAAA